GCUGGGUUUCUGUACAGCACUUUGAGAUAUCAGCUGAUGUACGAAGGGCUAUAUAAAUAAAUUUGAUUUGACCUGCAUCGGACUGGUGAAGAAGAUCUCUAAGGCUGCCCAACCUUCACCAUAGAAGCAGCAGACUAAGGAGACCAAUGGGAAAGUUGUGGAAGGACCUUGGAGCACUUGGGUUCACAACCACCACUGGGGCCCCACAGAAGUCCCUCCACCCUGGGACGUCCCCUACCACACCUGCCACCAGGCCCCAGGCGAGUCCUGGAACCAUGGCUUUGACUUCACCCUGCCGUGAGCAACAGCCAGGGACAACUUUGAGAAUCUGGUCCAGGAACUGGACAGCAAACAGAUACCCCCAAAUGUCUUGCUCCAAUGGGUGAUCACAGAUCUUGACAUCUCAGAAUCCACGCGCUCCACCAGCUUUGGCCGAUUUGACACCUUUAGACACCAACCAGCCCCAGUGAAGCCAGUGGAAAAUGGCGAUUCUUCGUCUGCAGAGGGAGAGCAGGUUGACAGUGGUGACCAGACCAGAUCAGGAGGUAUAGGGAAGAAGAUGAAGGCCAUCUCACUGACUAUGAUGAAGAGGAUGGGCAGGAAUUAUGCCAAAGCCCUGUCAGAGGAAAUGGUUGACGGGACAGAGAGAGAUGAAGAAGGAGAAGGGGAUAUUGUUAAUGGUGUCCAUUCAUUUCCAAAAGGACCCAGAGUGUCCAGUCACUCCCUUGAAAGUCUCUACGGUCUCAACAGUGGACACAGCAAUUCCAGUGGGUUGACCAGCGGGUCAGAUGGCUUCAGUAACAGAGACAGUCUGAGGCUGGAUGAGGUGCUGCCCUACACAGGCCAGUUCUGUGGCAGAGCCCAGGUCCACACAGACUUUGUCCCCAGUCCCUACGACACGGAAUCACUUAAACUUAAGGUGGGGGAUGUGAUUGAGAUAAUCAGCAAGCCUCCUAUGGGUAUAUGGACAGGCAUGCUGAACAACAAGGUGGGAAACUUUAAGUUCAUCUACGUGGACCUCAUAGUAGAGAAGGUUCCUGAACUGCCUCAGAAGACGAGGACACACAGGAGGAGCAGGAGACCCCCUCCCAAAACGCUACAGGAGCUCCUAGAGCGCCUCAAUCUGGAGGAGUAUGCCUCUUCACUGCUCCUGAACGGCUAUCAAACAGUAGAUGACCUGAAAGAGCUGAAGGAGAAGUAUCUGAUGGAACUCAAUGUGACUGAUCCUGAACACAGACAUCUUCUCAUAGCAGCCAUCGAGUGCCUCCAAGAACCCCAAAGUGAUGGUCAGGAGGGAGAGUUAAACCAGGAUGCCAAGUCCCAGACUGAGAGUGUUAAAGCGGACCUGACCGACUGCCCCAGAGACUCUGGCUGUUACAUCCCUUCGGACUGCUCAGACAACAGCAAGGAGACAGACAUCCACCUGCCAGCACUGCACCAUCAUCCUCCCAUGGCUCAGACCUAACCUAAAAAUGAUCGAUGUGGAUCAAUGCAAUUCACCCAGAUCGUGAUCUAAUGUGAAAGCCCUUUUCUGCAUUACAAGAGCACUCCUCUUUGCUUUCAUACUGCAUGUAGUAUAUGUAGCCUAUGUGGCUGGCACUGCAAUUGUUAUGCAUGAAGCUACUGUACACAAUUUCCUAUUCUAGUGAGUUGGAUUGGCUGCUGGUUUGUAAAUGUUAAUGAUGAUGUAUCCCAAGCCUUUCAAAUCACUGACAUUGGACCUGUGAAAUCAUAACAGUGGGCUAGGCUUUGUUUUUAGCACAAUGUGCAAUGUCAACUUUACUGUGUGUGGGUGUACAGUAUAAGAGGUGCCUGUGGAAAUGGGAGAGAUUAAAUACAGGCAGGUCACCCAUGACACAAGUCAGUAUUCAAUGUCCAUACAUGUCUGAGGAGGUCGGGAGAGGAUGUGGAAACUGGCUCUAGGGGCAACAGUAAGUGCUGUUAUCUUUAAGUAGGUAUUGUGGACAGGUAUGGCAGAUGUGCGUAAGCAUCUGCCUGUGGCUCCAAAGGCUGCAUGUUUGAAUCCAGCAAUAGAAAGUUGUUUUUGAUAUUUUGCUUUAAGCCUAUCCCUAACCUUAACCCUUACCAUAACCAUUUGGUGUUAAUGCCUAACCUUAACCCUUACCAUAACCAUUUGGUGUUAAUGCCUAACCUUGACCCUUACCAUAACCAUUUGGUGUUAAUGCCUAACCUUAAGACUUCAGAGUUAAUACCUAACAUUUAACCUUGGAAUUAUACAGAGAAGUAACUAAACACUGACGUUUGAUGUUUGGAAUAACUUCAAAAUGUGAUUAAGAAACAUGGAUGAACGUCUAAUUCUGAUGUGCGACUGCGAGAGCUUGUUGAUUAAAUGAGGGUUUAAAAGA